AUGGAAUCUAUGUCAAUCAAUCGUGUUGUGCGUCACAACAAGAAAUUACCACAGUCUAGAUAUUCUCCUUAUAGUAAAGAGACAUACCUAAACAUUGAGAAGGAGAUGAAGAAAGAUGAGGCUAAACGUUUGGGAGUUGAGUUCUCUCUCUUUGUGGCUGAAGCAAUGUUCUUAUUAUCUGAUGACCUACGUUCUAUGUUACUCUUCUGUCUUUGGCUAUUGAAGGAUGCAGGGAACAAAGGUCUUACCGCACCCGUGGUUGUAGGAAGAGAAAUGGAUCGCAUUGUUUCGAUUCUCGGAAAGAGAGAAAGCUCUUCUUGUGAGGAAGUGAAAACGUCUGAUUUAGAACACUAUAACCAAGAGCUGAAUAAGCUAGAGGAGACUUUGAGGUCUGCCAAAGAGGUUUCAGAAGCGAAUGGAUUCGCGAGAGAAGCGAUAAAGUCUAACAUUGUUUAUUUGUGGAAGUGUCUCUUUGAAACAUCACAACCUAAUGUGAUAAACCUUAAGAAUAGAAUUCUUGAUAUGUUUACGCCUCUCUUGAUCCAAGUAAGGGAGGAUGCUUGCUCUCGUCUUAUUGCUUCUUUACACAUAUGA